GCCGUCACGUGGCCGCUCCCCCGGCCGCCAUGGCGGCCACCAGGUACCGGCGGUUCCUGAAGCUGUGCGAGGAGUGGCCGGUGGAGGAGACGAAGCGGCAGCGGGACCUGGGCAUCUUCCUGCGGCAGCGGGUGGCCCAGGCCUUCCGCGAGGGGGAGAACACGCAGAUUGCUGACCCCGAGACCUGUGACCAAAUGUAUGAGAGCUUACUCAGAAUCCACACCAACUACUACAAAAACAAGUAUCCACGCCUGAAAGAAACAAGCUUCACUGGAGUGACAGUGCAAGAUUGCAAGAUGAUUCUAGCAACAGACAUUCUGAAACAGAUGGAAGACAUGAAAAAAGGAACAUGGAAAAAAUUGCGAGAAAGGUUUUCCGCCAAGAAAUCUGAAGAGGACUUGAAGUGAUAGGCUAACUCCCAGAUUCUCCUCUGUAUAUAUUCCUAAAGCUCUGUAUGUUGCCAUGAUGAAUAAAACCAUUCAUUCCUC